GUUCGGAGGCUGCGAACCCGCCAGGACGCCGGCUGGCGGCAGAGCAACUUGCUUCUCCGGCGGCGGCAGCGAGCGAGCAGCCCUGUAGCUCCGCCCGGGGAAGUUCGGAGGCUGCGAACCCGCCAGGACGCCGGCUGGCGGCAGAGCAACUUGCUUCUCCGGCGGCGGCGGCGGCGAGCUGCAGCCUCGCGGCCCCCAGCCCAGCCCAGCCCAGCCGCUGAGAGCAGCCUGGCCCCCCUCCACCCCGUACAGACGCCCUGCUGGGCGCCGAAGACACAGUUGUGAGGGUCCCUUGCAAAUCUCCAGACAAGGAUGGCUUGUGAAAUCAUGCCCCUGCAAAGGACUUGGCAUCUUUCAGUCAUGUGCUGCAAACGGUGUAGAGUUCCUUGGACGUAACGUGCUUCCCCGAGACCGGAGGAGUGUAGAUAUUUGACCGCUUCUUUUGCUGACAACUUCUGCCCAGCUUCUCAUCUUCUUCACUUGAUUCGUCUGUUCAGUUAUUGCCUUCCUCGAAUGAAAAUAAAUAUAAGAAAGCGGCUUUGACAUGUGAAGAAAAACAGAAAGUGAAGAAUGUAUCGAGCGGGUUUAAAAUAAAACUGAGUCAGCUUCUUAGCAAUGUUGUGGAGCUGCGGUGAGCUCCAAGCUCGUUUUGAAGGAUGUCGACAGGCGAAAAGACCUCUUAAAAAUGCAUCUUAGGAGGCUUCUCUGCUGGAGUUCAGAUCUAGGCAAGGAUUUUCUAUCAAUAAGUGCUUUAUAAUACGUGGACAUAAACGUGAAGGUUAUUAUUUCCCCAUGAAUAAUUUCUAGAUAGGUUUAUUACACAGAUGACAUCUUUGAACAAAAACACUGCUCUGUAAGAAUGAUUAAGCUCAAGGCGCUGUUUUGUUCAUUAAUGAUUGUAAUAUGGAUCGUGGAGGGUGAGGUGGAGGAGUUAUACCAGUGCAGAAAAAGGUAAAUUUAAACAAAGGGCUUGUUAAAAAGAACACGGCUGGUGAGCUAAUACGUGAAUAAGGUGUCGCGGAAUGUUGAAGCUGGAAGUCACCUCCGUGGUGAUGGAGUCCAGCCCACCAGUUUCACAGCAGGAAAACUGAGGCUUGAAGGAAGUCUGAGUUGCCCAAGGUCAUGUUUUAGGAUUUUUAGAAUUACUUUUGCCAAUCAUAUUAUCCUAUUUCAGCCGCACCUGCUCUACAUGCGGUGGCAUUUGAUUCCAUGUAAACGCUUCCUUUAAGAAAACUGUUAGUGGAAGUGAUUUUAAAAGUCAAAUGGUUAACGUGGUUUAUCUAUAAGAUUGAAUAAAACCUAGACAAAAAAUUGAAUUUUAUUUUUAAAAACCAUGCCACCCAUAUUUUACUGGAUGUUCAUGUUUCAACAUGAAAAUAAGGUAAACAAAAAUUGAGUGUUCGUUUGGAAAAUGGUUCCUGCAGAUGUACCCUGUGAGAGAAAACGGUGUAGUUGUUUUCCUUUCACUGUAAUGCCAAGUGCACUGUCAUGGGAGCUUGAUGGGGGUGUCCCUAGAAUUCCUUUUCUAAAAUUGAUAACCCAAGGUAGCACAGAGUGAUUUAUGGAUAGAUCUGAAAUUUGUCUAUAUUAAUUCAGUGGAAAUGUCCACAUGCUUGAAACUUGCAAGAGACUAAAAACUAAUGUACACUUUUUGGAGUCUUGAUUUGGUUUCCAACUUUAAAGUUGGGACCUUGUUUUAUCUUAUAAUGGUGUCAGGUCUUAAGUGUCUUAAGCAAGUUCUUUCUAGAUAAGCAUAUUGGCUCUUACUGAACUCUGUAAUAAGCUGCUCAGUGAUAUAAUCACUGUUAAGAAGCAAACAGAUCUUUAUUCAGCUAAAAUAUUGUUUAGAGAGUUAAGUUGAUGAAAGCUAAAAUAGAAUCAGCGUAAUUUCCUGCAAAAUUAUUUUGCACUAUUAGUCCUUACUAAUAAGCCUACGUAAGAGGAAUAAUUUGACUUUGCGUUCAAGACUGCCGAUCAGUGCAUUCACUGUCUCCCUGUUUCUGAGAGUUUAAUUUGAUUGAUUACCCUGCAAUCCUCACUUCCAGCCUGUGCCUGCCUGUGAUUAUGUACUUCUUGAAGGCAAGGAACAGUUCGCAGGAAGAUGAAAGACCUAUGUCACCUUUCUAUUUGAGUGCCCACGUAUCCCAAGUCAGCAACGUGUCAGCAACGGGAGAGCUCUUAGAAAGAACCAUCCGGUCAGCUGUAGAACAACAUCUUUUGGAUGUUAAUAGCUCUGGAGGCCAGAGUUCAGAGGACUCAGAAUCUGGAACAUCACCAGCAUCUUUCUCCACAUCCACCAAACAGCGGCGACGCCAGUCUGAAGAGCAGGAUGAAGUUCGACAUGGCAGCGACGUGGGACUUAUCAACAAAGAAAAUAUUCCUUCUGGGUUCAACAACCUUGAUGAAUGUAUUUUGAAUGCUCAUCAUGAAGCGGAAAAAUUACAUGAAAAUACUUCUGGUUAUAUUGGAGAAAGGGGCAAACCGAAACGUCAGAAAUCCAGUUGCAAACUUUCUGAGCUCAGUGAACAUCAAGAUAGUCUUGUGAAUAUGGAAAGUCUCAAUCCCACACCAUCUCAUGAAAGGAUUGGACCUGAUGAUGUUGAACUGAUGUCCGAUGGAAGCAAAGAAAAUGAAAACGACGGCAGACAGACCCAGCAUUUUGAGGAACCCACCAUGAAGAUCCAGGAGCAUCCCAGCGUACCUGACAGCAAGCUGCAGAGGACUCCCAGUGCUGAUGACCAGCAAGAGAGCUUUGUCUCCGGAGCGCCUGAGCUGGACCUGACUGUGUUAUGUGAUGAGAAGAGCUGGGAAGAGCCCGCCCCUGCUUUCUCCUCGUGGCAGCAGGAGAGCGUUCGUGCUGGCGAAGCACGCCUCUCCCCGCAGGCAGGGCGCCUGAUUCGGCAGCUCCUGGAUGAGGACAGCGACCCCAUGCUCUCGCCCCGCUUCUACGCUUACGGGCAGAGCAGGCAGUACCUGGACGACACGGAAGUGCCUCCUUCUCCCCCCAAUUCCCAUCCGUUCAUGAGGCGACGCAGCUCCUCUCUGGGCUCCUACGACGACGAGCAAGAGGACCUGACGCCUGCCCAGCUCACGCGGAGGAUUCAGAGCCUUAAAAAGAAGAUCCGAAAGUUUGAAGACAGGUUUGAAGAGGAGCGGAAGUACAAGCCUUCCCACAGCGACAAAGCAGCCAAUCCAGAGGUUCUGAAAUGGACAAAUGACCUUGCCAAAUUCCGGAAACAACUUAAAGAGUCAAAACUGAAGAUAUCGGAAGAGGACCUAACCCCCAGGAUACGGCAGAGAAGCAAUACUCUCCCCAAGAGUUUCGGCUCCCAACUUGAGAAAGAAGACGAGAAGAAGCAAGAGCUGGUAGAUAAAGCCUUAAAGCCUAGCGUCGAAGCCACGCUGGAGUCCAUCCAAAGGAAGCUCCAGGAGAAGCGGGUGGAAACCAGCCGUCCUGAGGACAUUAAGGAUAUGACCAAAGACCAGAUUGCUAAUGAGAAAGUGGCCCUGCAGAAAGCUCUGUUAUAUUAUGAAAGCAUUCAUGGACGGCCGGUGAGCAAGAAUGAACGUCAGGUUAUGAAACCGCUGUACGACAGGUACCGCCUGGUCAAACAGAUCCUGUCCCGAGCCAGCACCGUCCCCGUCAUUGGUUCCCCUUCCAGCAAGCGGAGAAGCCCUUUGCUGCAGCCAAUUAUCGAGGGCGAAACUGCUUCCUUCUUCAAGGAGAUAAAGGAAGAAGAGGAGGGUUCAGAAGACGAUAGCAGCACAAAGCCAGACUUCACCGUCACCCUGAAAACCGAUUUCAGUGCACGUUGCUUUCUGGACCAAUUUGAAGAUGACACUGAUGGCUUUAUUUCCCCAAUGGAUGAUAAAAUACCAUCGAAAUGCAGCCAGGACACCGGGCUUUCAAAUCUCCAUGCUGCUUCAAUACCAGAACUCUUGGAACACCUUCAGGAAAUGAGGGACGAAAAGAAAAGGAUCCGAAAGAAACUUCGUGAUUUUGAAGACAACUUUUUCAGACAGAAUGGAAGAAACGUCCAGAAGGAAGACCGCACUCCUAUGACUGAAGAAUACAACGAAUAUAAGCACAUUAAGGCAAAACUGAGGCUCUUGGAGGUGCUUAUCAGCAAGAGAGACACCGAUUCCAAGUCCGUGUGAGGAGGCAGCCCUACCCGAGCCACGGGGGCUGGGGAGGCGGGGGGAAUGUGCCCCCCGCCUCCCCUGGCAGAUAGCAGCUCUGCAGGAACUGGAAGGCAGCCUCGGAGCUGGACCUACAAAGGGAGUAGCUCUUCUGCCUCCGGGCCACUGGGAUCAUCCCCAGUUUCCACUGCCUGCCUUGGAAACCGCCUAGAUGGAAGGAGCCCACCUGCCCCCGUGUAGGAAUUGUGUAAGGGAAGGUCGAGAUCUCCGUGCACCCGAGCGCUCACAGACACACGCUGUAGCGGAAGCUUCGCUGACACUGGCAGCGACGAAUCACUACACUGACGCACACUCAUCUACAGAGGCUACACGCUGUUCUUCUCUGGAUAACUGAGACACAGCCUGUUCUCUGUCGGACGGUGACAAAACAAGCUCAGGACUUCACUCUGUAGAGCGAACUUGCUGUGCACGUCCAAUGCAGGUGCCCGAGAGAGCACGGGCCCAGCCCAGGAGAGCACGGGCUCUCUUUGGACCCAGUCAGGGGGGGCCCUGCAUUGGAGCCCUGUUUGCUGCCUCGACCAUCCUCGUGACCUUUCCACAGAGCUGCGCCUUUCCCCACUCGUGUGAAUCGCUUCCCCUUUAGCUCUCGGGUGGACGGAAGCUGCAUCUGCCCAGAAGGGCCGUGCAGUCCUCUCUUUGACCGUGUGCUUCUUCGCGACGUCCUCAGCUGAUAGAGAACUGUGAUCCCUGACUAGGGCUGGACCAUCUGCAGAGGACAGAGGGGAUAGAGAAGUAGCUAAUAUUUGUGCUGAUUUUUAAAUUAGGCAGCGGUGAAGAGCCUGGAGAAUCCUUUCCUGAACGUUGACUGCACUUACCAGCCUCAGAUUUUAAUAUCAAACACUAAGCGAGGCCAGCAGCCUCUUCGGGGUUUGGUUUGGUUUGGUUUUGGCUCUAGCCAAACUAAAGGGUCUUGCUUAAUUCUUAGCUUAAGUGUAGAGGAUCGUGAGAGAGAAAGAGCCUGUAUUCUAAGCCUCCUGAGUACUUACCAGAGUUUAAUUUUUUUUCUUUUUUUUAAGUAAACCUGCACUAAAAAUCUCCUGAGGGGUAAGUAUAGCCCUCAGAGCUCAGCCUAAGGCAGAAUCUAAAUCACACUAUUUUCAAGAUCAUGUAUAAAGAGAAAAAAAAUAAUGGUGUAUAGCCAAUUAUGAUCAUAAUUUUUUCAAAGACGGUGUCACAAAACUGUCUAUAUUAGACAUUUUGGAGGGACCAGGGAAUUUAAGACACCAAAUCGUUCAUCUCUUCAGUGUGCUGAUGUUAUCUUGUGAUUUGUCGUUACUUUUUGACUUUCUGUGUUUGCGCUGAGGAAAGUGGGUCCUGGUUCUGCCUGCCCAUCCUGGCCCACGUUUCUGCUCCGUGAGGUCGAGCACAGGUGUCUGCCCACCAGCCGCUGGUUGCCAAGAGAAGGUGUUUCAGCAGGCUCUGCCUUUUGAAGAUAAUGUUGCGGGAUGAACAGGACAGCAAAGGGUACCAUUUUGUUUUCUUUAAUAAUAAUAACAAGGAGAGAACUCUUCCUGAUCAGUUGUCAGUUUCCAAAAUGGGUUCUUGAGAAACUGUCUGGUCAGAUUCGAUUUGUAGCAGCAUUUUCCAUUGUUGAAGUGAAGUAGCAGCUCUCUGUCGGUUGAAAAUCGUUUAAGUCAGGAGUAGGGGAAAAAGAAUACCUUUAAGUUUGCUCUUAAAAAUAAUCAUCCAAAAGCAUGAGCUAUAUGUUGAAAGUGCCCUGGUUGAAUCCACAUACUUAAAGACGGUACAUAAUCCUGCAAUAUAGAUAUAGCUUGGUAUUCUUUGCUCUACUGUUUACAUUGCAGAUUGCUAUAAUUUCAAGGAGCUAUAUUAUAAGUAAAAUGAUGCACUUUAGGACGUUUUCUAUUUUUGAAAUCUGAACAUGAAUCAUUCACAUGACCAAAAAUUGUAUUUUUUAAAAGAAAUACAUGUCUAGUUUGUCCUUUUUAAGUAAUUAUUCUCUUACAUAAGCUAUAAUAUAAAUCACAUCAUUACCAGUUAACUUUCAAAGCACAUCUGUCUAAGAGUAUUGUUUUGAAAAUACUAAUAUGCUAUAGAACUUUAAAAGAGAAAAAGCUAUAUAAAUGAGAAGCUACUAAAUGUUUUGAAAUCUAUUGUUUCUGCCAAAGGUAAAUUAAGUAAAAGAUUUAUUCAGGAAUUCCCAUUCAAAUUUGUAUGAUUGAAUAAAAGAAGACACCAAGUUAUAGUAAAAUGUGUAUGGAAUGUCAUGUUUUCCUUUGUAAUUUAUAAUAAUAUUCUUUCUAGAAUGGUGCCCAAAUUAAGGGAGGGAAGCCCCGUUUACACGAGAUUCUAUCUGAAGACAGGUUAGUCCGUAGGUUCUGGCUCUGCCAGAAAUGCUGAGGCAAAUUUGUUUCCAUAGCAACCAUUUUUGCAGCCCAGAGUCUCAAGGCCCUAGAGGCAGUGUCUUAAUUGGCUUAACACAGAAUACUCUGGACUGCGGUUUUUCCUUUGCUCUGUCGGGAAUGUGUGCGUGCUUAUGAGCACCUGCCAACAAAAUAAAUGUCAAGAGUUAUUUAAUAACAAUGAUAAGUAAAAGUAAAGCAUGAGUAAACUUGGCUGUGUGAUUGUAAGAAUCAGAGAUAGCAGAGGCUUGUAAUUUUCCCAAGCAUUUGCUUUUUAUUGUGUUUUAGUCUGGAGCAAACCUUGAAAUAGAUAUUUAUAUUAAGUAUGUUAUCAGUACUGCAUUUCAUCUUUGAAGCAUUGAGUUUGGAUUUUACUUUUUAGACAGGUAUGUGCAAGGUUUAGGAUAAGGGCCUGCUGAGAAGUUUUUCAGGACAGCCGAAGUUUGUCUUGGUGCUGGUAGAAGAAAGCCUGCACAAUCUCAGUGAUCUCCGAUUCAGGGAAAAGUCCCAUGAAAGACCACAUCACAUUUCAAACUAGAGAACUAUUUUUUUUUAAUUGCUAGCUAUAAUUUAUUGUGAGCUAAUAAGUAGAUUGCUUUGGUUGCUAGUUUGAAGUCAAAAGAUGAUUAUUCAUUGGCAAGGCAGGGAUCAGCAAUGCCUCUAUAUGUAACAUCAGUGUGAUUUUUGCUUUCUCUCAUCCUGAUGCAACACUUUCAUGGUGGCAGAAGAGCCUGUUACAGGGUGUACCUGCUCCCAGGUGUAUCAUUUCUAGCCCAGGACAAGUGCCUCAGGGUUGUGCUUGUGUCAUAAGCAUGGCACUGAGAUGCACUCAGGCCAGCGAUCUUGGUGCCUCCUAAGGGCUGAGCUUAGAGCUAAUGUGAUUGAGCUUAGAAUUCCUCAUAAGGUGACUGUUAAGUUUAUUAUCAGAAUCAAAGGGCAGCCACGGUGCCAGUUAAGUUGGUUCUUUCUGGGACUGCCUAGUUCUCAGUAGACAGGAUUGAGCCCUGUAUCCGGAACUGAUCACAGAUUUAUAAGGAAAAUCAAAAUUUAAAGUUUGUUGAUGAAUUUUUUAAGAGAUUCUUAAUCUGAUCAUGAAGAUGCCAUCUUUCUUAAGGGUCUAUUUCUUAAGGCUAUAUACCUCACUACCUUUGAUGGUAUAUUUACAGCUGAACGCCAUAAUCUCUUUUAACUGCUUUGUGAAAAUCUGGUUGUAGUCUAACUUGGUUUUGCUUUCAAGACAGGUCUUCCUGACACACUGCAUCCUCGGGGGUUUUCUCCCGAGGUGGGGAGUGGUAGCUUCUGCACCAAGGUCAGCACCUCCGUGGUAUUCUUUCGUAGUAUCCAUUUGGUUAAACCAACAGGGAGGGACAAAACUGGGCUAAAACGUUAAAGCAGUGUUUCCUCCGAAGGCCAUGGGUUUAGCAGAAGCCAGAGUGUGCUUUCUCUUUCUUUGAUUAAUUCCCUUCCGUUAUAUUUUUUUCCCCACGUGACCCUCAAAAUCUACUGAAGAGUACAUUUUGUCAAAAGAUAGGCUAAACAUGUUUUCCAAUCUGUAGGUACUGAACUUGUGCAUACUGGCACUUCUUCACAGGGCAGCUGACACAGCAAGCUCCAAAAGAUGGUGAUCUACGUGUCACAGCCACUUUCCAGAGUAGAGGUCGUGCCCUUGGGGCAUCCACACUCUUCCACCGUGAUCCUUCAUGACAGAUGUAUGUGGAUAAGCUGAGGUCAAUGACAGGUACACACAGAUGUGUAUUAAAAUGAAAUCUAUACAUCUACAACUUCAUAUUGCUAUGAAAGUGCAGCUAUGUCUCUAGAGGAUCUCAUUUGGUCUGGAAUCCAGCCAGUCGUGGCCAUGUGUGCAGCUUGAGAAAUCGAUUCGGCAGAUCUAACUCUCAAUCUGAAAGCACCUAUACAAUCCUGAAAAUCUCCGAGAGUGGAUGCAAUUUUAGUAAAUAACGUGGGCCCAGAACAAUGUUUACAUGACAUGUAAGCAGAAAGUAUUUGAAAUUAACAGUUGUUCCUUUUUUAAAAUGUAAACCGAAUGAAAAUAUGUUAUGUACCUUUUUGUACAUGACUGUAUUUUGUA